AUGAGUAGUAAUAGACAAUUUAAAACAGUGUUUUUAGGAAGUUCAAAUGUAGGAAAAAGCUGCAUUGUUAGAAGAAUAGUGCAGAAUUAAUAUGAUGGAAAGACUGAACCAACAAUUGGAAGUUCAUUUCUAUCUAAAACCAUUAAUAUAAAUGGAGAAGAUAUAACAUUCUAAUUGUGGGAUACAGCAGGAUAAGAAGCAUUUCGUGCACUUACUAAAAUAUAUUAUAGAUGUAAUAAUUUGAACUUGGUAUAUAGUCUAUAAGAAUCCUAAAUUGCCAUAUUGGUAUAUGAUAUUACAAAUAAGGAUUCAUUUCGUAGUUUAGAGAAAUGGAAUGAAGAUUUAAAAGAGAAUUGUGAUCGAAAUAAGAUGAUUUUAGUAUUAUGCGGUAAUAAAGUUGAUUUGGAGAAUGAUAUUGUCACAUAUGCAGAAGCUAAGAAAUUUGCAGAUAAAAUAAAUGCUGAGCUAUUUUUAGUGUCUGCAAAGACUGGAUAAGGAAUAGAAGGUUUGAUAUAAAUAAAAUAUCGAGGAAAUGUUUGAUAAAGUUGG